GAGGGGUGUGUCUCUACAAGCCCAGCGUGUGUAUGAAUGUGUGCUCAUAGUGACAGAGAGCGAGAGAGAGAGGGGAGAGAGGAGAGAGAGAGGAGAGAGAGAGGGAGACGAGGGGGAAUGAGAGAGAGUGUGUGAAAGAGAGAGAGAGAAAUAAACAGGAGAGAGAGAGAGAGAGAAAUAAAGAGGAGAAAGAGGAGAGAGAGGAGCUGAUUGCUUCUUCUAUUGACAAACGCAACACACACUCUGAGAGGACUCCCAAUACAACACACACACACACUCUGAGAGGACUCCCAACACAACACACAACACACACACUCUGAGAGGACUCCCAACACAAGACACUUUGCUGGAUCCUGGAGCUUGGAGCUUAGUAUUGGUGUAUCGGAGUGUGUGUGUGUACUGUGGUACCGCUGUGUGUGUGAGGGUGAGAGAAGAGUGUCUUUCUAAGGACACCCUGAUGAAAAACGGAGCCGGGUUUUCAGGCAGAGCCCCCUGUGUGAUCCUCCGCAUAUCUACCCUGGGGGACCCACCGCGCACCGCCGCCGCCUGUCAUCUCCACGACAACUAGAAUGGGCUGCAAUUUGUGCUCUUUACAGAAACGGGAGGAACACUACAAGCUGCUGUAUGAGAUUUCACAGGUGAAUGGCAGGGACUACUCCAAGGCCAGCCAUGACGAGAUGGUGGAGGUCAUCAGAAGAGACCCCAUCGUGGUGCAGGUUGUCCGUCGCCAUGGCAACCCCACCCACUCACACCAAACAUUACAGGAAGUUCACGUGGUGGACGUGUGCACGCAGACGGAUAUCACUUUUGAACACAUCAUGGCCCUGGCUAAGCUGAGGCCUGCUACUCCACCUGUACCCGACAUCUGCCCCUUUCUGCUGUCAGACAGCUGUCACUCCAUCCACACCAUGGAGCAUGAAUUCUACGAGUGUCCAGAGUACCUCUCCAACACCCCAGCUGAAGUGGACAGGCCAGAGGAGUUUGAGUAUGAGCAGGUAGAGCUCUGUCGGCUCAACAGUCAGGAGAAGUUGGGUCUGACGCUGUGCUAUCGGACUGACGACGAAGAGGAUACAGCUAUUUACGUCAGCCAUGUUGGACGUAACAGCAUCGCUGCCAGGGACGGGCGCAUUAGGGAAGGAGAUCGAAUAUUACAGAUCAAUGGCUGUGACGUACAGGACAGGCAGGAAGCUUUCACUCUCCUGUCCAAUGAGGAGUCCAGGAGUAUCGUUCUCCUGGUGACCAGACCAGAGGAGGCGUGGCUGGAUGAGGAGCACAAUGAACUCCUAGAGGAGCUGAAGAUGGAGAUCCUUGAGGAGAGGAGGAACGAGGAGGUGCAGAAGACAGGAGGAGGAGAGGAGCAGGCCAAGCAGCUGGAGGAGGAUGACGUCAUGACAGACACGGCCACGUGUUCCUCCAAUACUCAGGACAAAGACAGCGGCUUGGGGACGGGGCGCAACGAGGAGAGCUCCGAACAGGAAGUCCUCCUGGCCCGUGUCCACCGGAGGCCUGCCCAGGGCCUGAGAGACCGAUGGAGGGCCAAGCAUGGCCAGGGGCUGGGCAAGAGGGUGGUGGUACCCUCGGACACCCAGGGACCCAGGGGUCUGAUCCAAGCCCAGGAGGGUGAGGGUGGAGUGGGGUUAGGACUGGAGUGUGACAGCCGCUUCAAGCAGCUCCUGGAGCUCAAGUGCCAGAUCCGUAACAGCGGGGAGUGUGGUGUGUACUAUAGCAGGAGAAGCACCAUCGAGUGCAGCCUGACGGAGCAGAGCGGGGUGGGGGUCAGUGGUGGUGGAGGGAUGGAACAGGAGCUGAGGAUGUUGAACGAUGAGCUGAGGAGUAUUGAGCUGGAGUGUCAGAGCAUCAUGCAGGCCCACCAGCUCCGUAAGAACCAAAGGGAUCCCCCCUGCACCCCUAUGUGCUCCCCAGGACGAAGCCCCAAACAUGGGCGUGAGCAGCAUGCCAAGCUGGCCGAUAUCAACGAGCAUCCAGGGGAAAGGCAGUGGGACAGCGACAAGCUAAGGGGGGACAAGGACAGCUCCAGUGCCUAUAACACGGCUGAGAGCGCCAGGUCCACUCCUCUAGGCAUGGAGAGAUCCCCGGACCACUCUCUACAGAGACGCAUCAGCCUCACCAACCAGAAGAACCUCCGGAGCACCAUGGCAGCCUCCGGCCAGUCCAUCUCCAUCCCCAUCCCAGACAGAGAGCUCCUGAGUGAGACCUCGACCGGGCCCACCACACACAGCCGACAGGAUCCCAACUCCAGCCCUGGAACCACGGUCAUCUCCAGCAGCCCCGACCAGUCCAACCCUUCCCCCUCCGAGUCAGACCCGGCCCUGCCUGCAGACGACGAGCGCUGCGACCGCACCAGGAGCCACCGGGGGCCACGCAGGCUCCCUCCCUACCCGUCCCCUUACCACACAGCCCCCCAGCAGGGCACCUCUCCAGCCCACGCCAGACACCUUCAGAGCUACAUGCAGCAGCUCCUCCAGCAGACCUCCAGUCUGGAGACCUACUCCCAGUCCCAGCUCAGCCUCCUCAGCGUCUGCCGGGACCGCUCCACCCGCCCGGGGGAACCACGCCUCGAAUGGAAGGUCAAAGUUCGAGCCGACGGGACGAAGUAUGUAGCCCGGCGACCGGCGAGGGACCGGAUUCUACGAGAACGGGCGCUGAGGAUCAGGGAGGAGCGUAGUGGAGGGAUGACCACGGACGACGACACUAUGUCCGAGAUGAAGAUGGGGCGGUACUGGAGUAAAGAGGAGAGAAAGCAGCAGCUGGCCAGGGCCAGGGAGCAGAGGAGGAGGAGGGAGUACAUGCAGAGGAGCCGGCUGGAGUGUCUCAGAGAGGGCCCUGGGAGCGGGGCCGAGGGCCGUAAAGAGGUCAACAUCCUGGAACUCAGCCACAAGAAGAUGAUGAAGAAACGCAACAAGAAGAUCCUGGAUAACUGGAUGACCAUCCAGGAACUAAUGAGUCACGGGGCCAGAGCACCUGAGGACCAGGGGUCUAAACAAGUACACAAUGCCUUCCUGUCUGUUACUACAGUAUAGGACCACAGCUCCGGGUAGAAGUUUCCCUGUACACACAGAUCUAGGAUCAUUUAAAACUACCCGGGUCGGGCAUUAAUUAACCAUUUGGACGAUAAUGAAAAACUGACCUCAGAGCAGUGUCUAGGGACAACCUUGCCCCAUCUCUCUCUCUCAUCGCGUCCAUGCGGUAUGACCUUACUUGCCUCGUUCAAUGUGGCAUUUUUUAUAAUGGGGAAAAUCCUAUAUUUUUCACACUUUGUAAACUCAAUAACAUUUUGUAAAAUGUUUUUUUUUUUACACUGGUUGUCGAUGCACUGUGAAAUGUUUUCUGCAGUUGCUCAUUUAUGAUGUCAUGAAACAUGUUUCUAUCAUAAUCUGAAUUCUCUGUAAACCACAUCAUCAUCAUCAAGUCAAAGACAUCGUGGUACGUUAUCAUGUUUGCAUUGUUUAUCCAGCAUGGCAGUGAUUAACUGUAGUGGUCAGAAAUGUACCAUACACCUGAGAACAGACACUGGACUCCUUGUCUUUUACUGAGGAUCGACCAUAUAACUGCACAACCCUCUAAGACCCAUUCAAUAUGCCAAGCUGGCCUUGCGAGUCAAGACACCACUAAAUCUCUGAAGGAGCUUUCAUCAUUUCUGAAAAUGUCAACUCAGAGUUCUCUUGGAAAAUUCUGAAGUCCUGAGAAUGUCAAUAAUUCAGUGGUGUCUCAGAGGCUUUCAGUUUCUCAGUUUAAAACUGUCUUAAAGGGAAGGUUCACUAGUCAACAGUUUCUCAGUUUAAAACCAUCUUGAAGGGAAGGUUCACUAGUCAACAGUUUCUCAGUUUAAAACAGUCUUGAAGGGAAGGUUCACUAGUCAACAGUUUCUCAGUUUAAAACAGUCUUGAAGGAGGGGUUCACUAGUCAACAGUUUCUCAGUUUAAAACCGUCUUGAAGGGAAGGUUCACUAGUCAACAGUUUCUCAGUUUAAAACAGUCUUGAAGGGAAGGUUCACUAGUCAACAGUUUCUCAGUUUAAAACAGUCUUGAAGGGAAGGUUCACUAGUCAACAGUUUCUCAGUUUAAAACCGUCUUGAAGGGAAGGUUCACUAGUCAACAGUUUCUCAGUUUAAAACCGUCUUGAAGGGAAGGUUCACUAGUGAACAGUUUCUCAGUUUAAAACCGUCUUGAAGGGAAGGUUCACUAGUCAACAGUUUCUCAGUUUAAAACCGUCUUGAAGGGAAGGUUCACUAGUCAACAGUUUCUCAGUUUAAAACCGUCUUGAAGGGAACAGUUUUGAAGUCAACAGUUUUUCCCCAACAUCUCAUUGCAAAAGUGAUCUCAAUGUUUCUCAUCAAUGGUAAAUCAUUAUCACCAAUGAAAAAAGUGCAUUUCUUACUGAUUAAAUAAUUAAUUCAAGUGAUUUGAUUGUUCCAUGAAUACAUUAAAUGUAAUUUAAAAAUACAAAACAUAUUUAUGAUUUUUUAUUGCUUAUUUUCAAUUAUUGUACAUUUAUUAGUCUAUUCUGCAUAUUUUCGGACCUGUCUGAAGAUCUCUUUGUGUUGUCAAAAAUAACACAUGUUAUUGUCUCUAACGUAUUAUAUUCCACCUAACAGUCCUUUCUGGCAUUUGGUGGCGCUUCAAACGGGUGCUUUUCACUGUACACUGCUCUUCUAUCUUUGCUCAGUGUUUAUCGUCUUCUUUCCAGUAAUCGGUAGUUGGUAACUUCAUAGGCAGGUCAAUGUGUACUAAUUGUGAUAUUUGCAAAGGAAAUGUGAAUAAAUUAUUGUUUAUCUUUAUGAAA